AUGGCCGGGAACGAUCCCGGCUUGGACCAGGCAGAUGCCAUGGCCAUAUUCGAUCAGGUCGUGAGCUCCGCAACUCCGUGCACCACGGCGUGGGAAGAGGUUGGGCUGUCCGCCCUGCGCCCGAGCCUGGAUGAACAGGCGCUGGCCGUGGCGGAGCACCAGGAGUCGUCUCUAGAGAGCCGCCGUGCGCUCGCGGCUCAGGCCAAAGCGUUCCGGCUGUCCGUCGAGGCUGAGGUCGGCGCCACCUCGGACAUGCGUGCUGCAAGCGGAGCGCUGGUGCGUGCGUUUAAGAGCGAGAUCGAUUCGCUGACCGAUAGGAGCCGUUUCGCCGAGGGGUCGUUCUUAGCCCUGUACAAGCUGCUUCGGGAAGCUCCCGACCCGGCGGUCACCGUGAAGGCCUUGGAGAACGCGGCUCGCGUUACUGUCGAUGCUCUGGAAGGAAAGAUCAGGUUUCUGGAAGAACGAACCGUUGAGCAGUCUCGCCAGCUGGACGCCGCACGAGCAGCCGCCGCUGCGCGUGGGGGUUCUCUCACCGCGGAGGAGUUGGAGGAGGAGAGGCGUGUUAUCAGGGCCGAGGUAGCGGCAGACCAAGCGGAGACAGCGCAGACGCGCUUGCAGGCGCUUCAAGACGCCGUGCAGGAGGAGCUGCUGCUGGCUCAGGGGCAGGCGGAGCACGAGAGAGCGGCGGCACAAGCGCAACAGCAGGUUCUCCAGCAAGAAGUUGAGCGACUAGAGACCCGAGCCGCGAUGGUGGAAGAGGAGGCCGGAAGAGCAGGGCGCUUGGAGGAAGAGGCGGCGGAUCUAACGGGGCAGCUGCGAGCUUCACGAGAGAAGGUGGCGUCGCUAGAGGCAGAGCGCGAGGGACUGGUCUCGCGCUCCAGGGAGGCCGUUCAAAGCGAGCGGGACGCCGUCGCGGGGUGCGCCGAGGCCGAAGCGCGCGCCAAGAGCGUGGAACGAUCUUCGGAGAUCCGCGUCCGGGAGGUGGAGGCAGAGGCUGCUCGCCUACGGCAGCAGCUGGAGUCGGGAGCAGAUGCAUCCGAGGUGAAAAGCAUGCGAGAGAAGAUCCGCAUCUUGGAAGGGAUUUGGGGAGACGCUGACGUGGAGGAAGGCGAUGAGGGAGAACGGGUAGGGUCGAUGAAGGGCCGUGUCAGCACCGGCGGCGAGGGGGCCGCUGGAGGAGAACGCACCCACCCCCACUCGCCGUCACCAGCAGCAGCAGAGGGAGGUGUGGAAGAAGGGCCGCAACAUGGCGGUGUUGCUGAGGGCGAGGGAAGCGGUGUUGGAGACGAUUGCGACCGAGCGCUCGAGUCCGAGGGUGCGAGCGGGAAGCUUGAGGGUGCCGUGGUGGGGGGUACGGAGUGUGGGCGGGAGGGGGGGGGGGACGCCGGGGUUGACGCCUGGUUGAUCUCGUACAACCGGCGGCUGAAGAACGAGCUCGAGAGGUUGAGGGAGAGGACAAGGCAGGCGGAGGAGAGGCUCCGAAUCGUGGAAGAGGAGCGCGUCGCCGAGGCCGCGGAGCUGUCGGACCGAAGGCAAGACGUGAAACGACUCGAGCAGGAUCUGGUAGACGCCCACCAGGUCGUGGAGGCCGGAAAGACCAUGCUCAGGGCCUUCCAGAGCGGUCCCGUCGCGAAACAGUUCGGGAAGUUGAUCGGUCGCCGGGGAGACGUGGGCGGCGGCGCCGAUGAUGUCGGACCUUUGGAGGACGAUUUGUUGGAAGGCGUCGAGGAGGCGGGGGGGGUGGAGGGUGUCCCCGGGGCGGAGGGGUUCAGCGCGGCGGAUAGGUUGCUGGGCGCGGUGAAACGGCAGAGGGAGCGGUUCCGCAAAGAGGCGUUACGGCGGGAACGGGAGGCGUCCAUCGCCAAGGGGAACGCGGAGCAACUGACUCGGGACAAUCAAGACCUGAGGCGGGAGAACAUGCACCUGUACAAGAGGAUGAGGUUCGUAAUGAGCUACGGCGGGAAGGGCGGCGGCGGCGGCGGCGGGUUGGAGAAUGCAGGAGGGGACGGCGAGCGAGAGACGGAGAGGAAGUACGAACGGCUGUACGAGGCAGACCUUGACCCGUUCAAGGAGUUCGACUCUCAGGAGAAGGAGGCGAGACGCGGGCAGAUGGGGUUUCUAGAGAGGUGGCUUUUCUUAGCCUCGGGGACCGUUCUGCGGAACCGUUUCCGGCGGCACCUGCUCCUGGUGUACUUGCUCGUGCUGCACGGGUUGCUGCUCGUUAUGCCCGGCGGCAGAGGCGGGAACACUCCGGGGAUAAGCAUGGGCGGGGUCGGCAGCGGGAGUGAUGUCACCGGUAUCUUGAUGCCGUGACAUCGUGGGGAGUCUUUUUUUUCUUUUCCCGCAUUUCUUUCCUGAUGCGUUGUUGCCGUAGAAGCGGUAGCAGAUCGUAAGCGUUAGCGUCUAUCCCAGCGCUUGAACUACUCUGGCGUGUGAGCAAAGCGGGAGGGUUGUAUAAUGUCCGCGUAGUCUCUUAUGUCUAUAUGGCGCUUUCUGUUUACGCUCAGGAAAAGGGGAUGUCCAUGUCGCCCCCUGGUGCUGGGCUACCAGGUACUUGGAUAUUUUUUUGUUUUUAGUGGUGGUAUUAUUUACGUUUUCCCGGUUGCGGUAGUCCCACCGGUUGCUUAACAUGUUGCUUUCUGUCCAUCGUAACUUCCCGCGCGUCGGAUGGUGUGUCUGUACACCCAUUGGCAACCCAGCUUGCCUCGGGCAACCAUGCUUAUCUACGAAGAGAUUCUCGAUACAAGCUUUUGUAAUGUGUACAACAGUAUUUGCUUUUUUCAAUGUUACGCGCCGCCUAACUUAGGUGCCUGAUGUGGGCGGCUGGCAGCCCGUCGUGUUUUGCCUAUUCGAGUCGGUUGUCCCUGGUUGGGAUCACGUCAGUUCACAGAGAGUGCUACCGUCGUUGAUUCGCCCUCGGCUUGUCCGGGGUAGGGUUAGUCCGUAGGUUCUCCUCUCUGCUCAUUUUUUGAGCCGCAGCAGAAACUAAACCCCUGAAUGGUGGGCUCCAAACGGGUUAGGAUGAUUGCUCUUGUUGGUGUCCGAACGGGUUGUUCUGUUCUGUGUAUAGAGUAGAUAUUCCCUCCCAUGCCUUCAAGAGGAAGAACACCACCCACGAACCCUCACGGCGUGUGAGCGAGCGACUCGUCUGGCGAUGUGGAAGUAUGGAAAUCCUGUUGUACAUCUGCCUUUCGUAGAUGUGGUUUAGCAUUGCUUCCGCCUUCCGGAAUUCGGGUGAAUACACAAUGAAGCUGCCCUGGGCUGUAACGGCGGCUGGGCUCCUUGGCAGGUGACGCUUGACGGUGCAAAGCUGCAUUGUUUCUUCGGUGCUUUGGGUUGGUUGGAUUGGUGACUACGUGGCUACAUACAGUUUAGCGCUAGCUGAGACGCCUCCCUAUGCCUUUCGAAUAAAACAUAUGUCUUCGUUGUCCGGGACCCCCUCGCGAUAUUGUAGGGAGAUACCACCGCGUUGGAUGUUUUGGUCUGUGGUUAUCUUUGACAAUCCAUGAAUAGC